GUGGACAUAGGAAAAAGAGAUUAUCUGGAUUUUGGUGACUUGACUUCUGGCAGUUGGAAGGCUCUUCCACUAAAACUUAUCAACAAAACCCAUGCUUUCGUGCCCAUUAGACUUACUAUUAAUGCAAAUGCAGUAGCUUGGCGUUGCUUUACGUUUUCCAAGGAACUACUUAAUCCUUCUAAUGAACAAUUGCUCCAAAUGGAUGCAGGUUCUCAGACAGCAGCUCCAUCAGUUGUAAAUCAUGUGAUACAUGCGAGCUAUGAUGGCCAAGAUCCUGAAGCUUUAACAGUUUGGGUUCUGUUCCAUGCACCUAAGAAACAACUUUCUUGGUCAGAUUCCUUGGGUCCAGCGGACGAAUUCUUGGCAAGAGUUGAUGUGGAAGUGGAUAGUCCAGGACCUACCAGCGUGAUUAAGAGUAUUCCUCUCCGAGCAAGAGCUGGAACAGCAAGGAUACAUGCUCCAAAGGACUUACAGAAAAUGAAACUGUGUACUAGCGUGGGUUCAACAUCCAAACAGCAGCUGCCCUUGAAAAAUGCUGGAAACAUUGGUGUAUAUUUGAAAGUUAAGACAUCAAGUCAGGACAACUGCUUUACUGUGGAACCUGAGGAUCUUUUCCUUCUUCCUGGAGAAGAACAGGAAGUGACUGUCUUGUUUUUUCCAAAAAAUGUAACAACCACAGAAAGUACUUUGAAAGUCCUUGUGCUUCCAUCUGGGCCUCAGUAUGAAGUGGUGAUAAAAGGUGUGGUGGUGCCUGAGGAAAACAGAGCUGUGUCUGCAGCUGCUGGCUGCUUAGACAUCCCACCCAUUCUCUCCAACAAGCAGUUCAUUGCCUGGGGAGGAGUAACACUUGGAGCAUCAGUCCAGCAGAAGUUAACUCUAAGAAAUGACUCUCCAUCUGUGACCCAGCAUUUAAGACUGUUGAUAAGAGGCCCAGAUCAAGACUGCUUCCAGCUGCAAAGUAUAUUCGGAUCAGAAGAACGUUUAACUAGUAAUUGGGAACUCAAAAUCCGUCCCAAAGAAGAUACUAACAUAUACUUGGUGUUUACACCUACUCGAGUUACUUGCUUCUUUGCAAAGCUGGAAAUCAAGCAGCUGGGGAUUCGAUCACAGCCAGGAAUUAAGUUUACUAUACCGUUAUCUGGAUAUGGAGGAACAAGCAAUGUAACUUUGGAAAAUGUUAAAAAACUGUCAUAUAGUUACAUUAUAACACUGGAUGGAUUAUUGCCUGGAAGAUUAAGGAAAGCUUCCUUCUGUGUAAGAAAUAUAGGUACUCGGGCUGCCUAUGUUAAAGCACUGUGCUUUGCAAACACACGGACAAGAACACUUGUGGAUCCUCAGGUAAUGACGAUAUCUCCAGAGAAGUUUGUACUAAGAGAAGGAACACAUGAAGUGAUUACUAUAACGUGGAAUACAAUGGAAAGGGAAGAGAAUGUCCAUGGAAUACAUGCUUUGCUAGCAACAGUGGUUUUUUUUUGUGGAGAUGAAGUUUCUAGGCAGCAGUAUCGUAGAGCUAUACUGUACAACCCUGAGGCAGAAAAACACAUAAUCUCAGAAAACAGCUUAUUGAGAAACAUCGUAUUUGAUGAAGAAUUUCAAGGGGAGCAGCUUGUGACAGAAGUAUGUGAUAUUCCACGGAGGACAAAUCAUAUCUAUCUUUUUUAUGCAAAUAUGCAAAAGAUUAUCCUUUCUGUGAUUGGAUAUUCUGUUUUUGAUCAGGAUGGAUUUCAGCAGUCUCCUGGACAUGAUUUGGAAUCACAGAGAUUCGAGAACUUCAUUAGAAAUAUCAGUGCAACUUUGGAUAUUCUUCCUGUUAAAGGACCUCAGGGUCCUUCAUUACCUGUAAAAACUGAUGAUCUGGUUCAGAAUACAUCAGUCACUCAACAGACUUGGACUGUUAAACCUGAGUACUUGACUUUGACAUCUCCAUCUAUCAGUGGAACAACAGAUACUGGACAUGUAGAACUUGUCAACAAUUCUAAUAGGACAUUGACAUUUGAGCUUUCAUGGCCAGCUCACUGCCUUACUAUAACCCCACAACGUGGUGUUAUUGAACCAGAGAGCAAUACACUAAUUCUGGUGAGUCCUAAUCCAUCACUUGCCACAAAGCCUUCAUUAAUUCCUUGGAGUGGCCUAGUCUAUAUCCAUUGUGAUAAUGGACAAAAGUUUGUGAAAGUGCAGAUUCAAGAGGCAGUUGCACAGAGUGUGUCUGGAGCGGACUUUCCCUCUAGAAGACGUGAUAUAUUUACUACGCAGUCUGCAAGUCCUGCAGUGCAUGUGGCAAGACCUCACUCAGUGCUCCCUCUAACACAAAUGGAAAUAAAGAACAGAACCAUUGUUUUUCCUAAAACAAGACCUGGCCAAAGCUCAGAGAGUUACCUGGAAAUGGAGAAUAAAGGGGAUGAAAACGUGAAGUGGCAUUUGUCAUCUUUUGCACCACCCUAUGUUAAAGAUGUAGAUGGAACAGGUUGUGUUUAUAGGGUUACCUACUCCACUUUCAGAUGUUCCCGUGUGUCUGGUAUUCUUGAAGCUCAUGGAGAAGAGAAGGUUGCUGUAAUAUUUUUACCUAGAGACAAAGGAGAUUUCUCACAGUUCUGGGACCUUGAGUGUCACCCAGUUGAAAAACCAAGUUGGAAACACAAAUUAAGAUUUCAGCUUUCUGGAACAGGUUCUAAACCAGAAAAUGACACUUCAGUUGUGAAAGCUUUUCCAAGUGCCCUCACAAAAACUGAGCUUCCAGUUGAACCAGAAAUGGCGGUUUACCCUGAUGCACAUACGAUUAAAGGAGGACAAAAUGAGAUAAUUCGAGGGAUAUAUGCGCCAGAAGACCUAUACACUUUUCCUCCAACUAGAGUUGGGGAAUCAUGCACAUUAAAGGUCAACUUGAGGAAUAAUUCCUUUAUGACACACUUGCUGAAAUUUUUAAAUCCCGGAGAGCCUUUCUACAUCAAGCACUCAAAAUACUCUCUAAGGUCCCAUCAUUACAUCAAUGUGCCAGUCCAGUUCAAGCCCAAGGCAGAAGGACAAUUUGAAGGUUUCUUUGUUGUGCUGAUAACCAAAGGCGGCUCAGUUAAUAUUCGGCUAUGUGAGGAUUCCUUGCUGUAG